CACGUGUGUACGUUAUCUCGAUUCCGGUCGCCGCGGGAAUUACGUUGAACUCGCGGCCGGUGUUCGGUGCUGAGACGCUCGCGGCACGCAGAUCCCGCGGGGGAGAGCACGCUGAGGAAGGUCGGCGUGUCGCAAGGGCCGCCGUGUAGUUCAGGACCUUCAGCCUUCAAGAGAGAAAGAGGGGAGAAAGAGUGAGACGCGCGGCAAACGGAGGGACGUGCAGCACGGCCGUCGCGGAGCAGCGGUACGGGACGCACAAAACGAUGCCGAAGCGAUGCAGUUGACACACCGUGGUAAAGAAACACACGUCUCCAAGAUACCAUUGAGAAGUCCCGACAUCAAACGGUACUCGAGGUGGAUUCUGAAGCGCCGACGUUUCAGAAUCCCCAGGAAUCACGCACAAUAGGAUUUGAUUGGAAACAAAGAAGCGCGGUAAUUCAAGCACAGCAAUCACACACGUUGCCUUCGCGUUGCGAGAAACUUUUCAAGGCGACGAGUUCUUCCUCUCUAACUUCGCGAUCCGCCGAAAUAUACGUAAUAAAAGAUCACGGCGGUAAUCACAGCCGAACGGCUUGCCGCAAUCCACCACCUGUGGCUUCUGAUAACUUCUCUGAUAAGGCGAGAAAGAGCAGCACUGCGACGCCACCGCGGGGGCUUCGACUUUCAGCUCGAGAUUAACGCUAAGCUCUCAUUUUUAAAGAACACUCUUUCUAUUAACUCAGGUAGAUGUACUCCUCGAGUCACGAAGGAGCACUUCAACCGUACUCGCACAUUCGAGAGACGAUCGAUUUCGCGAGGUGAUGAGAAAAAUGCCAAGCUUCUUUCGCGAUUUAGAAUACUUUUCAAAACUCCGACUGGCCUGCUGAAAGAACGAGAGAACGUUCGGUUUAAUAAAUGAGAGUUGAAAAGCGAGUCUUUUCGAAGGCGCGCGAGAUCAUUUGUUCUCAUUCAAAGAUCGGUGGACAAAGAUCUGCCGGCGGAUCAACGUGGAACGGACAGUGCCAGAAGUGAUCUCGGAUAAUCGCGUCGUUGAAGAACGCAGUGAAAAGCGCGUCAUCAGAACUCCGAGGAAGCGUAUAGAGCGUCUAAAAGAAAAAAAAGAUACCGAAGAAAUCUAACGAUCGCGGAGGUGGGAUUGACGGUAUCCCUCGCUUUCUUUUUCACCGAGAACCGUGGAAGGUAAUUCACGAAAAACGGCGAACCACUACGGGGUGCAUUACGCGAACUCGUACGCGUGCAGCAACGGCGCACCGAGCGUGUACACCAGCACCGGUUGUUGCACGAACAUCAACGGUGGCGGCUUCAACGUGCAACAGCCGCAGCCACACGAGGAUUAUCGGCCGAUCUACUUUUAUGUGGCGCAGCCCUACACGAUCCCGUACACCUUCGCCAAACGGCCGAAACCCGCCGCGUCGUCGCUGCUAAGGGCGGCGAAACCGCGCGGCAACAAUUGCCGCGUCAAGUUCUCCAAGCGACUCGGGAACGCCGCCGACUUCUCGCAGAAGGUCAAGCAGGGCGAAUUCUCGCGGAGCCUGAGCCAGGUGCACUUCGCGGAGAGUCAGGGUCAAGUGCUCGCAAGCUAUCCUAAAGCUGGAUCGUCAUCUCGUGAUCCGAGGAUGACGUCGAUGUUUCGCAGAGGCACGAUCUUCGCGACCUUCUUCCUGUCAUUGUUGGGCGGUGGACUCGUCUGCGCCGCCCUUGUGACGCAGCACUGGGUGGAGGCACGACCGUGGAGAACGCCGAAUCCUCAGGAGAGCGCCGGCCGAGUUCAUUUCGGUCUGUUGCAGGGUAAAAAGGAGUUAAACGUCGCUUAUGGAUGGAGGACGUAUCACGUGUCGGUUCCUCAAAUGAUCCGACAGGAUCCAUCGGUGAUGUCUUGGGCCCUAUGGAUCGGUACUUUAACAACGACUUCGGCUGCUUUGAUAGCGGCCGCACUUGCUGCGCUUUUGGCAGUUCUAAAUACGGCUACUUCACCAAGAUCGAAGAUUUUAUCCAUUCCUGGCGUAUAUUUUAUAAAUAUGUUAACGCUGUUAAUGUGCUUAGCAAGCACUUGUACUUGGUUAACGCAAUAUUAUACAAGACUGUACGUCAAUGUGCUUCCGAAGGAGGACAUCGAUAAUAUGUGGACCAGCGAAGGUUCCGCUGAGCUUGGUUAUUCAUUUUGGCUCGUGGUGAGCGCCGGUGUUGUACAUCUAAUUAGUAUAGCAUUAGUCGGGUGGGGCUCAGGUAGAGAAAAGGAUGACCGUCUGGAACCAAUACCCGCACUUGAAGAGAAAACAGCCGCAGCGAUAAUGUUAUACUAAACAAUAUAGUUUUAAUAUUACAAGACUACGACUGAACUACGUUAAUGUGCGUAAUAUCGAAUUAUCGUUUAUAUCGAUAUUGAACGAAAAUUAAUUGAGAUUAAAUAGCAAUAGAAUUUUCGUUCACAAACGUUUGUGCCUCGCACAGUUCCUAGUUAUCUGCCAGGCGUUUGUACAAUCACUUGCCUCGAUACAAUUCGAUUUUGCAACAGGUAUUGUGCAAUUUUAUAUGGAAUUGAAACACAAGUAUAAACGUAGCAAGUACAUGUUCGAAGCGUGAAACGCGCGAUCGAAGGGCAAUAUUUGCCGUGAGUGACGAAUUAAGAGUUGUAAUGUGGACGGUACGUCGCCCAUGUGUGGCAUAUAAUGUAUACAUUUCGACGUAUUUUUAUGCAUUGACAUUAUGCCAGUUGUAAUACUUGUGAUUCCAAAGCGACAAUCAUUGAAGAACGAGCGUUUACGUGUAACAACGAUCUUUUACGAUUGAAAGUUACGCACUAUUCGUUUUACGUGGCAUAAAAAGACAAGAUUGAGAUUGAUGGAAAAACGCUUUAUUAUAGCUUAAUCUGUACAUUAGUGUUUUUUUUUAAUAAUAAGGCCGCAAUCUAGACAAUUAUUAUUUCAGAUUUCGGUUAACAAAUUUCUAUCGUUGAUAGUAUAAACAUUCGUAUACAGACGUGUAUGUGUAAAUUAUGCGUUUCAGAUGGUAUGCAUUGUUAUAUAUCAUUUUUACUGAGUUAUCCCCCGAUAUAUUAUUCGUAAAUAGUUAAAAUCCAUUUUCUUACAUUCUUAUUUAGAAACUAUGUUUCUUUUUUUUUUUUACAAAGGCGAUUGUUUUGACUAGACUGGGCUCUCGAGAACGAUAAUAUAUAUAUAUAUUUAUAUAUAUACUACUAUCUAUAAUUUAAUUAGUUAAAGAGGAUGUUUAAUAGGUAAGCGUGGCGUGCCUUUUCUUCAAGACAUUAAAUACUUUUAACAGUUAUUUCUCAAGACUGUUACUUCCAUAUAAAAGGUAUUUCAUUAAUUUCAGCCGUGGCAAAACGUAUUAUGAAAUGUAAAUACAAUAAGUUUUCUCUUUGGGGAGUAUAUUUAUUACAAUGAUGUCGCGGGCGUAAUAAUAAAACAGCCAACAGGUCAUAGAACAUCGUACAAUCUUCAUACUUUAUUUCCUCUUACUUCGAGAUCCUCUUUAUCAUCUAUUUCACAAAUAAAUGACUUCAUAUAUAUUAUACACAACGGUAUCGCCGUAGUAAUGCGAUUGAAAGAAAAUGUACAUUAGAAAGCGUACAAUUUCCUCUUAAGGAAAGAUGGGUGAUAAGACGCGGGAUAAUAUAAAAAAAUCUAAUGAAGGGGUAGGAUAUAAGAGAAUUUUUUAUUGAUAUUUCUAUAUCUUUUCUAAUCCUUUGAAACACAA